AUGAUUGAUGCAAAAAGGUUACAGUCUGUGAAAGAGAAGUGUGGUUUUUCUGAGGGAUUAUGUUUGAGUAGUGUAGGAUUGUCUGGUGGAAUUGGGUUUUGGUGGAACGAUUUAAAUAUUACUUUGAUUUCUUACUCCACACAUCAUGUUGCGGUGGAGGUGAGGGAUGAUGAUGAUGUUCCAUUGUGGGCAGCUGUGGGUAUUUAUGGGUGGCCGGAGGCUUCUAAUAAACAUUUAACUUGGGCAUUAAUGAAGGAGAUUCGAGGGGUGCUUUCACUUCCCAUCGUUUUCUUCGGAGAUUUCAAUGAGAUUUUGCAUGCUUCUGAGAAGGAAGGGGGUGCGGUUCGGGGUGAACGACAUAUUGAUGAAUUUAGGGAGACUGUGGAGUUAUGUGAACUUGGUGAUUUGGGCUAUAGUGGAGGUGCUUUCACGUGGCAGCGGGGUCUUGAGGAACGUACGAUAAUUCGUGAACGACUCGAUCGAUUUUUGGCUUGUGAUAGGUGGGGCACUUUAUUUCCGCAUGCAUGGGUCAAAAAUUUCCCCAUUUAUAAGUCCGAUCAUGCGCCCAUAUUGCUUAGUACGGACUCGGGUCAGCAGGAGCGUAGGAAGGGGAAGCGUUUUCAUUUUGAGGCGUUGUGGUUAUCGAACUCUGAUUGUCAGACGGUGGUGAAGCAGGCGUGGGCUACUAGUGGGGGGUCGCAAAUUGAUGAAAGGAUUGCUGGGUGUGCUUCGGAGUUACAGAGAUGGGCUGCGGUCACCUUUGGUGAUGUGAAGAAGAGGAUAAAAAAAAAGGAGGAGGAACUUCAAGUUUGGCAGAAUAAGGCUCCUGAUGGCCGAAUGCUAGGAAAAUGUAAAGAGCUUGUGCGGGAAUUGGAUGAGUUGAAUAGAUUACAUGAGUCUUACUGGCAUGCUCGAGCUCGAGCAAAUGAGAUGAAAGACGGGGACAAAAAUACUUCUUAUUUCCAUCACAAGGCAAGUCAGAGGAAAAAACGUAACGCCAUUCAUAAGCUUCGGGAUAGUGCGGGUGUGUGGAAAACUGAUGAAAAAGAUGUAAGUGCUAUUAUUUCAGAUUAUUUUACUAAUAUUUUUGCAUCUUCGAGUCCGGCGAAUUUUGAUGAUGCACUGGCGGGCCUUUCGCCCAAAGUCCCACACACGGCUAAUGAAGUACUGAUGGCCGAGCCUACGGUGGAUGAGGUUCGCGAUGCUCUUUUCCAGAUGCAUCCUAAUAAAGCUCCGGGGGUGGAUGGUAUGCAUGCCUUGUUCUAUCAAAAAUUCUGGCAUAUUGUGGGUGAUGACAUUGUGUUGUUUAUCAGGGAUUGGUGGAAUGGUAGGGUGCAAAUUGGGUCACUGAAUAGGACGUGUAUUGUGCUAAUUCCCAAAUGCUCGAAUCCUCAGCAGAUGGGAGAUUUCAGGCCUAUAAGCCUUUGUACGGUCCUGUAUAAGAUUUUAUCGAAAAUGAUGGCAAAUAGACUCAAAGUUUUUCUCUCUGAUCUUAUUUCUCUGCACCAGAGUGCUUUUGUUCCCGGAAGGCUCAUUACUGAUAAUGCGAUGACGGCGUUUGAGAUUUUUCAUAGUAUGAAGCGUGGGGGUGAUGGAAAAAAGGGGGUCAUGGCUUUUAAACUGGACAUGAGUAAGGCAUACGAUCGUGUGGAAUGGUCGUUUUUGGAGAGAGUAAUGGGGAGAUUGGGUUUCUGCGAAGGAUGGGUGCGAAGGAUCAUGGAGUGUCUGUCGAGUGUUUCAUAUUCAUUUAAGCUUAAUGGCAGUGUGGAGGGCAACAUUAUACCAUCGAGGGGGCUGCGGCAAGGAGAUCCGUUGUCCCCUUACUUAUUUCUCCUUUGUGCGGAAGCUUUCUCGGCACUUUUAUCGAAGGCAGCAGGAGAUGGAUUAAUUCAUGGAGCACGGGUUUGUCGUUCUGCGCCUCGUAUUUCGCAUUUAUUUUUUGCAGACGAUAGUAUCUUGUUUACUAGAGCGGCGCUUCAGGAAUGUUCUGUAGUGGCUGAUAUUCUCAGUACGUAUGAAAGAGCAUCUGGACAGAAAAUUAAUUUUGAUAAAUCUGAAGUGUCUUUUAGUAAAAAUGUGGAUGAUAGUCGAAAAAAUGAUAUUCGCUCACUUUUUGGGGUUAGGGAGGUAGAGAGACAUGAAAAAUAUUUGGGGCUCCCCACUGUGAUUGGUAGGUCAAAAAAGAUGGUGUUUACGGUAUUGAAAGAAAGGGUGUGGAAGAAGCUGCAAGGAUGGAAAGAAAAGUUGCUAUCUCGAGCCGGAAAAGAAGUUUUACUGAAAGCGGUCAUACAAUCAAUACCUACAUAUAUGAUGAGUUUAUUUGCUAUCCCUGAUUGUAUUUUGUCAGAAAUUAAUGCUAUGUGUGCUAGAUUUUGGUGGGGCUCUAGGGGCACUGAACGAAGAAUGCAUUGGUUAAGCUGGGAGAAGAUGUGUUUGCCAAAGGCAUAUGGUGGUAUGGGUUUCCGGGAUCUUAAGGUGUUUAACCAGGCUUUGUUAGCUAAGCAAGGGUGGCGUUUGUUAUGCCACAAUGGAUCGAUGGCUCACGCUGUGUUUAACGCAAGGUAUUACCCCCGUUCGAACUUCCUCAAUGCCAGGAGAGGCUUUGACCCAAGCUAUGUAUGGCGGAGUAUAUGGGGCGCAAAGUCUCUUUUGCUAGAAGGGCUAAAAUGGAGAGUCGGCGAUGGAAGUAGUAUUGGCGUUUGGGAGGAGUCCUGGCUUCCGGGGGAGUCUGCUGCGGUGGUUCCAACGCCAAAUAUGGAGAGCCCUGCUGAUCUUAGGGUGUCGGAUUUACUUGAUGCGAGCGGUAGGUGGGAUGAGUUAGUAUUGCGCAACCAUUUUACGGAGGAGGACAUUUUGCUGAUUCGAGAAAUUCCUCUUAGCUCUCGCAAGCCUCCUGACCUACAGUACUGGUGGCCAUCAACGGACGGGUUUUUUACCACAAAGUCCGCCUACUGGCUGGGGCGCCUAGGCCAUUUGCGUGGCUGGUUGGGUCAUUUCGGGGGUGCUAAUGGGGAGGUUUGGAAAGUAAUUUGGGGUUUGGAGGGUCCUCCGAAGCUCAAACAUUUUUUAUGGAGGGCGUGUAUGGGGGCUUUAGCAACUAGAGGGAGAUUGAAGGAGCGUCACAUUGUGGAGGAUGGAUGUUGUACCCACUGUAAUCGGGAGGACGAGUCCAUUGUUCAUGCCAUCUUUCGUUGCUCUCUUGUUUCUCCUAUAUGGGAAAACUCUCCCUUUACUUAUUAUGUGAGAGAUGGUCCUACUUCUUCUUUUAUGGAUUUUUUUGUAUGGCUUAUUUCAAGGAUGGAGAGAACCGACCUGCUAUCUUUUAUGGCUAUGGCGUGGGCAGCAUGGUCUUACCGAAAUUCGGUGACUUUUGAGGAGCCUUGGUCGAAUGUGACGGUGAGUGUCGUUGGUUUUAUGAAGCUUGUCAGUGACUAUAAGAGCUAUGCAGCCUUGGUUUUUCGAGCAGGCCCUGUUACCACGGGGUUUCCGUCGCGGUCGAGUUGGGUGGCGCCUGAUGAGGGGCGGUUUCGGCUCAAUACAGAUGCAGCAAUGCUGGCAGAGGGAUUGGUGGGUGUGGGUGCUGUGGUGCGGGACUCGAGGGGUUCGGUAUUGUUGGUGGCUGUUCGAAGGUAUAGGGUGCGCUGGACUGUUACACUUGCGGAGGCCAUGGGAGCACGUUUUGGUGUGGAGAUGGCGAAACAAUUUGGCUACGAGGCGCUUGAGUUGGAAUGUGAUGCUAGCAAUAUUACCAAAGCUCUCUGCAGGAAAGCCUUUGGGAGAUCUCCUACUGAUUUGGUACUGGAAGACGUUAGUAUGCUUGGGGAUAGUUUUCCUAUUUUUUCUAUUUCACAUGUUAAGCGAGGAGGGAACACAGUAGCUCACUUUGUUGCGAGACUCUACCCUGCUGAUGGGGUGCAACAUGUUUUUGUAAACGAUUUCCCGCAAGGUGUCUUAGCCUUGGCGGAGCUGGAUGUUAAUUAA